AUGAUCCUCCCCUCGCCGCGCAUAAAGCGCCUUCUCUUCCUUGUCUUCUUCUCCUUCCUCAUUGGCAACGCCCUACUGUACCUCGUCCUGCCCUACGACAACCCGCUCGUCCUUGCCUUUCGCUUCAACUUCUCCGGCCUGCAGCUCUGGCUGCGCGGCUCCGGCGUCGAGAAGGACGCCUGGCUGUACGAGCCGGCCAGGUUCCCCAUCGAGUACCGCAACGACGUCGGCCUGCUCAUCAAGACGGGCUACGGCACCCGCCACCGCCUCGCCGCCCAGCUCGAGGCCCUCGACCUGACGCCGGACGACGCCGACGACGCUUUCGUUGUGGUCGGUGACUGGACGCCGCGCGAGGGCGGCAAACUCGCCGGUGUCACCGUCCACGAUGCCAUUGGUGGCGUCAUGGCCAUGCCCGAGAUGAGGUCCCACCACGAUGCGCCGAAAUUCAAGGAGUAUCUGUCCCUCAAAGAUGCCGUCCAGGCCGGCGAUGACGCCAAGGCGACGGAAAUCGGCAAGAGCUUCGGCUGGGACCUCGAUGCGCUCAAGUUCAUCUGGGGACUCGAGUACGUCUACGACAACCUCCCGCCCAAGAAGUGGUACGUCAUCCUCGACGAUGACACGUACCUUGUCAAGUCGUCGCUGCGCCUCCUGCUGACGCACUGGGACCCCGAUGUCCCGCGGUACGUGGGCAAUGCCGUCGGCGACUUCAAGGGCCGCUUCGCGCACGGCGGGUCGGCCGUCGUCAUCUCGCACGAGGCGGCGAGGCAGCUGCUCGCGCGGCGCGACGUCGUCGCCGCGGCACAGGAGCACUCGCUCGACGAGACAUGGGGCGACCGGCUCGUCGCGUCGGCGUUUCAGAAGAUCGGCGUCUACCUCGACGAGCGGUACAGCCACUUCUUCAACGGCGAGCGGCCCGCCAUCUCCAAGAUGAUGGCCGACCGCUUCUGCUCGCCGCUCGUGUCGUUCCACGGCGUCGCGGACCCUGACGAGAUGAGGAGGAUCGGCGCCGCUUUCCGGGACGAGCGGAGCCCCGUGUUCUGGGGCCAGCUGUGGGACAUAUACGGCGCGCCGUCAGUGGACGAGUUCAAGCGGCUGCCGAUCCGGGCGGCACGCGACUACGUUGGGAGGACGGACGAGCGAGCCCGCGUGCUCCCGGGGACGGAGACGGCCGAGGCGUGCUUGGCGGCGUGCGAAAGCGCGGCGGGCAAGUGCCUCGCAUGGACGUGGGUCGAGCACAGCGCCGAGUGCAGGAUGAGCCCGUGGAUGAUUCUGGGCGAGCGGGUCAAGGGCCACUACUCGGGCGUCAACGUUGGCGAGGUCGAGAGGCUGCGGCAGAGCUGCUGA